AAACACUCCGCGGCGGUGGCGGCUGCUGCUCUGCUCCGGGUUCUGUCACCGUGUCGGCGGUGCCCAGCUCACUGGCCCCCUCCCCCUCCCGGCGAGCGUGUUCGCCAGUGGCUCCUUCAGCCCUGCUCCGCGGGGUCCACAGCGGGGCGCGGGUGUCCGGCGGCCGCGGCGAGCCUGUGGGCAGUGGGGGUUGGUCCCGUGGCUCCGGCCCCCGGUGCAGAAUGGCGGCGGCGGUUCGGAUGAACAUCCAGAUGCUGCUGGAGGCGGCCGACUAUCUGGAGCGGCGGGAGAGAGAAGCUGAACAUGGUUAUGCCUCCAUGUUACCAUACAAUAACAAGGACAGAGAUGCCUUAAAACGGAGGAAUAAAUCCAAGAAGAAUAACAGCAGUAGCAGAUCAACUCACAAUGAAAUGGAGAAGAAUAGGCGGGCUCAUCUUCGCUUGUGCUUAGAGAAGUUAAAGGUGUUGGUGCCACUGGGACCCGAAUCAAAUCGACACACUACGUUGAGUUUAUUAACAAAAGCCAAAUUGCACAUAAAGAAACUUGAAGAUUGUGACAGAAAAGCUGUUCACCAAAUAGAUCAACUUCAGCGCGAGCAGCGACACCUGAAGAGGCAGCUGGAGAAGCUGGGCAUUGAGAGGAUGCGGAUGGACAGCACCGGCUCCACAGUGUCCUCGGAGCGCUCAGACUCUGACAGGGAAGAAAUCGAUGUCGACGUGGAAAGCACAGACUAUCUCACAGGGGACCUGGACUGGAGCAGCAGCAGUGUGAGUGAUUCUGACGAGCGGGGCAGCAUGCAGAGCCUCGGCAGUGACGAGGGCUACUCCAGCUCCGGCAUCAAGAGAACAAAGCUCCAGGACAGUCAUAAGACGUGUCUCGGGCUCUAAGAGAGUGGUCGCUGGGCUGCCUCCCUGGUGGUUCUCCCUGUCGGAUCGAUUAGGUAGUGUAUUGGACCUGCCCACGCCGCCCUUGCACGUAAACUUCAGUGUACCACCUUUACCAAAAUCAGCUUUGUAAAAGUUUUCGAGGAAGUGCGUAGGAUUGUGGGUUUCUGAUUGCAUCCACUAGCUUCUCUCUCUCCAUAAAAAUUCGUCUCUGAGAGACUGUACAUUCCAAUCAAUUCGAAGCACCCAAGAAUUCUUAAGCAAUUUUCACAUCUCAGCAACUUCCCCUCUUCUUUACUGUCCUCAGUAGCUGACCAGACCUUUCUUAAAGUUUUCUGGCUUACUAUGUUACUUGCCUAGGAGAAAUGUCCGAGUGUGUCUUGUGCUUAGGAAACCGAAGGAAACAGACUUUUAAAGUUGAGAUCCUGAUCUCAGAACUCCAAAGUAAGCUUUGAAAGCAGGAUUUAAGAGCACUUAACCGUGGACCUCACCCCGUGAGGAAGUCAGGAAUACCUCCAGAAAACACCCUCCACACACACCUUGCUGAUCCCCGACCGCCGCCGCGUGUGGAUGGGAGCAGUAUUUCUCACUUUAGAACGGACACCUUGGCAGCGUGUCUUUGGGUCGCACAGCUUAGGAAAGUUCCAUCGUUGUUUGUUCCCACAAACACAACGGUACGAUCUCUGUGUGCGCUGUCCUUGGACCUCGCUGUGUACUGCUGUCUCAAGGCACAUUUCCCCUCCAAGUUUGUUAUGCUACUUGUCUCUGGAACAUUUUUUUUUCCUACCUCAGAGAUAAAUGAGAUCUCCAUUUCCCACUUCACAAAAGUGAUUAUGCCUCUUUUCCCCCCCACCCCAAAUAAGUGACAUUUGGUCCAAGUCUAAUCUAUUUUCCUAUUUAACUUUCAGCAAUAACUGAGCUUUGGCCCUAGCUGAGCUAGUGGCCAUCAUCAGUGAGAGGAAAGUCCGCAUUUCUACUCUCUGAGUCGCAGGUGGAUGGAGGGGCUGUACAGUGUUACUAGAACUCCUCUCCUAAUGGAUUCUUUUUGGACACACCCAGAAACUUCUUUAUGGAGGCUUUUGGGUUGAUAGUUUAAAAGGCUGAUUUUUCUCUUUGGUUAUGAUUUCUCCCUUAAGUGGUCUCCCACUUUGUAGCAUUUUUAUUUAAGCUAAAACAGAGCACAUGUAUAUGUACAUAAGACACAUUAAAUCUAUAAAUACUAUUUAUUCAUUUUAUAUAAACUAAUGUAAUGGAAAAUAAAUUCUUAUGACUGUGCUUUUAUAGAUGUUCUAGAAACUUUGUAUGUAGGUAUCUACAAAUUUGGUUCAUUCCCCUGAAUAUUUUUGCAUUCAUAUCUUUGAGGUCUUAAUGUUUUCAGCCUCUAGUGAAUCUUUUUCAUUGAAGUUGAACCAUUUGUAAAAUCUGUGACGCUGCAGCAGAGUGUGUGUCACAAAGUGAUGGGACAUUCCUAAAAUCCACAGAUGUACCGCGACCUAAGGGCUCAGUGGCUGACUCAGCAACGGGCAGCCAUCCCACACUGCCCUGCUGGGCUGCGGUCACUAGCGCAUCACAGCCUCACAGCUCAUCCAGCGCCUCCACUUUCACACAAGUCAAGUCAAGUUCAAAUGCACUCCAUACAGGAGCUCAUUCUCUACAUGAAGAGCAGCCUAAACGAAGCAAGAUCACUUUUGUGGGUUUUCUUUUUUUUUUUUUUUUUUUAAUGAUUUGUUAAUGUAUUUUUUAAAAAAUGUCUUUAAUUGGAAGUAGUGGACUCCUAAAUGAUUCCAAAGUCAUCUAUAAUAAUUCUGUUUUGGUUUUGUUCUGCUUUUUCUUCAUUUCGGCUUUGGGUGGGGGGAGGGGCAGAUAAUACAAAGGAUUUUUUUUUUUUUUUAUUGGUUGGAAUCUUUUCCAAUUACCAGCUGAAGAUUUGCACUGAAAUACAACUUGUAUGCCUUUUGCAUUUUUAAAGCCUGCUUCCUGAAUUUAAGCAGAGUGGUAGUGUUCAAAGAGCCAGCUCAGCCUGUAACAUGUUUGAAAAGAUAUAUCUGCACUUUGAGGUCCCUUUCGAAUGCCAUUCGCUAGACCUCUCAAGCAUUUUGUAUGAUUGCUACAUCCAAGCGCCUCACAAGUCCACAAUGCUGAUGGAUGCCACGUGGCAUUGAAAACUCAAGACUUUGGAAAAGCUUGUGGGCUUGCAUUGGGGGAGGGAAGGGAACAGAAUUUGUGUACUUGUUUGUUUAAUUUAGAAAUAAGGCAUCUGAGAGAUGCCAUUAUUUUCUGUGUUUUAAUUGUUGUGCCUUUGAGUUAAACUGCAUUUUUGUCUUUUGGUUGAAAUAUGAAAUGUACUGUCCCAAUAUAAAACAGUAAUUAUUUGACCUUUGCACUGUUUGUCUGGUCCUUUUCAAUUUGAUUGCAUCUAAGUGUAGAUCUCUAUAUUUUUAAUGCACUUGUGAAAAACUGACACCAGGGUUAGACAUUACUUUCAAAGUUCAAGGUAGACCGAGUCAGCAUGCUAGACAGGCUUUUCUCUCUAACCAAAACUGUAACCUUCAGGACCAGCAAACUCAGCCCAAGGCAGCUAAUCCCCUUCCCCAUGUGGCUGAACUGCAGCCGUGAUUCGCCAAUCUGUCCUCUCUCGUUCACUGAUCCACCAGCGUGACUGCUAAGAGCUAUAGAGUCUUUUUGAUUGUUUCGUUUUUUUAAGCAAAAUGAAAACCUUUCUAUUAGGGUCGAUGGGGGGAGGAGACAAGCAAAGAUAUAAACCCCAGCCUUUAAGACGUUGACAAUUGUACGUAAAUAUAGAUAUGUAUAAAUAUAGGCACAUGCAUAUUUUUAUGUGAAAGUUCUUUUUAAAAAAAACUAAAAAGAAAUCUAAACUGCACUCUUAUUGAUACUAUCGUAAUGCAUAUGGGAAAAGAAGAGAACAUCAUCUGAUUUAAUUUCAUGCCAUGAAAAAUAUAUAUACGUGUGCUUCUGUUAACAUUCCCUAAAAACCCAGCUUUCCAUCCCUUGUUGGCAUUGAAUGGUGGGCUGAGCACCCAGGGUGUUUUGCUUGCGGUUUUCUUUUGCUUAGCAGAGAUCUUGAACUCUUCAAGGUGCUGAUAGAAACUGCUGGCUCCUUUCUCUACUCACAGACUUGAUGCUAGUUUAGCGAUUCAAAGAGCAUCACAUUUUUGAGCAGACCCUAGAGUCUCCCUGUCAACCCAAGACUAAAACAAUUCCAUCUUCAAUUCAAACUUGAGCAUUAAGUAGGACCUGGCCCUGCAAAUGGGCCACUUGAGUGGUGGCUGUUGUGUUGUUCUUUAAGGUGGGCAUUUUCCUUUAAGCUCUACUUUUUCAAAAGAAACAAACGUCUCUCCCUGGGUUUCCUAUGGGCCUCUCUCUCUUGUCUCUGGAGUGGCCAAGAACAAAUCCUGGGGUCUGAAAAAAAUAUAUAUAUGUAAACUAGGUGAGAUGUGAUGCUCAAAAUAACCUCUUAGCAAUAUCCUGGGGCUUGAGAAUGGAUUUUGUGGACUUUUUUCCUCUUGCCUUCUUCCUCAUCCUUUAAAGAGAAAACUUAUUUUUGAAAAGCAUAUAUAUUAUAUAUACACACACACGCAUUAUUAUUUAGGUUUUUAUUCCAUACUGUACUGGCAAGAAUACCACUUUCAUCGAAUCUUGGUCUUUUCUGUUUCUUCUUUACUUGUGUCCCCCAGAUUUCUUCGUCUUCCCCUCUUUACCUUCCCUGCGUGUUGAACACCAGGUAGUAAGAGCCUGAAAGGCAGUUUUCUGCAUGUCCAUCUGUCCUUUUUCUGUCUGACUCUGAUGCAUUAUGUUUUGGUAGCUGGCUACUCCUGACUUAAGAAUCCUUCCUGGGAGAAGACAACCCAAGUCCCUUUCCCAUGAGGUGGUUUUCCUCACUCUACACCUUCAGAUCUCUGUAGACCGGAGGAUAUUUUGUGUUCAAAGAUAGUGGGGUUGGGGUGGGUGGGUACAAUAUGUGACUUAUCAUGAUAUUUUUCAUUAUCAAUAUUUGUUACCCGAUUUUCUUAUACUGUGUUCUUCUGGAAGAAGCAAUAAUUGGCACUGCUAGAUUCAGCUAUUGAAUGGCUGAAGAAAUUGAGUAUGUUUGUCUUCUCUCUCAAAAUCAUAAAAUGAGAAUUUGUAAGGCACCCAAUUCUAAAAUUGAUUUAGAUUUUUAAUUUUGAUUUCUUAUCCUACCUGAGGGGGUGAUGGGUUGAAGGGGGCCUCCUUCAUUUUAGCUUUUACCUGAGAACCAAACUGCCUUUACCCCCUGUCUCUAGAAUUGGUGCUCUUGAAAUAUUGCUGUUAACCAUCAGUUGGGGGUGGGGGCACCUUCCUAAAGGUAAACACAGCCUAAACAGGGGAGUAGCCAAUGAAAGGAUGGGAAAUUCUGUUUCCAGAUGUUUAUUUCUUUAUGUAAAUAAGACGCCAAUGUAAAUCCCGUGUCAAGACCAUAGAGAAUGGUGCUUUUUAUUACAGUUAGCACAUGCAUUUUUAGAAACAAUUACAUGUUUUAGAGAAUCUUUGCUGUGUAUAUGUAAACUUCUGUAUUGUUCAACUGUUAACAAAUAAAUUAUUUCAUUAUUAAA